UGAUAUGAUGUUGACGGAAGUAGAAAAGUCUGAACACAUAAUUUCAUUCUUACAAACAUGGUAACACUACAAUAUGACAACACUAAUGUCACAGAAUCCACCAUUCUUCUAUUACCUUCAGAUUCAGAAGCUUCGGGGACAAAGAAAAAAGUACCAGAAGACACAUGGAACUUAGUAUAUAUAGUCUAUCUCACACUUGGCAUCGGUUACUUGUUCCCAUGGAACGCAUUCAUCACAGCCGUUGACUAUUUCUCAUAUCUUUACCCUCAUGCCAGCGUUGACCGUAUCUUUGCUCUUGUUUCCUCGCUAUCUAGUCUUGUUGGUCUCUUUCUCAUCAUCCUUAACCGCCACAAAUCUCAUGCUUAUGUGAGGAUCAAUGUUGGUCUUGCAUUGUUUGUUGUUUCGCUCGUGAUAGUUCCACUGCUUGAUGUGGUUUAUGUUAAGGGUACGGUUGGGUUGUAUAAUGGGUUCUAUGUUACUGUUGCGGCGGUUGUGGUUUCUGGUGUGGCUAAUGCUUUGGUGCAGGGAUCUAUUCUUGGGUCUGCCGGUGAGUUGCCGGAGAGGUACACCCAGGCUGUCAUUGUUGGGAGUGCUGCUUCUGGAGUUCUUGUUGCUUUCCUGAGGAUAUUUACAAAGGCUGUUUACACACAAGAUGCCUCCGGCCUCCAAAAGAGUGCAAAUCUCUACUUUUCUGUAUCAAUUGUCAUUAUGUUCAUAUGCAUGGUUUUGUACAAUCUAGCACACAAACUUCCCAUUAUGAAGUACUAUGAUGAACUAAAGAAUCAGGCAGUUGCUGUGGAAAACGACAAUGGUCCUUUGACUGGAUCUGUAUGGAGAUCAACUGUAUGGAAUACCAUGGGAACAAUCAAGUGGUAUGGAUUUGGUAUAAUGCUCAUUUAUGUUGUGACACUCGCAAUAUUUCCUGGUUUCAUUACUGAGGAUGUCCACUCCCAACAUCUUAAGGAUUGGUAUCCAAUUCUCCUUGUUACUGGCUAUAAUGUGUUUGAUCUUGUUGGUAAAUCCCUGACCGCGGUAUACCUCCUAGAGAAUGCAAAAAUUGCUGUAGGUUGUUGCAUAUCAAGACUAUUGUUUUUCCCUUUCUUCUUGGGAUGCUUGCACGGUCCAAAAUUCUUCCGGACAGAGAUUCCUGUCACAGUACUGACCUGUGUUUUAGGGCUUACUAAUGGAUACUUGACUAGUGUGAUGAUGAUUUUGUCACCUAAAACUGUAAAGUUGCAGCAUGCAGAGACUGCAGGGAUUGCGAGUGUGUUGUUCUUAGCUUUUGGUCUGGCUGCUGGGUCUAUCAUCUCUUGGUUUUGGGUCAUCUGACCUGGAAAUCUGUAUAAAUAUAGGGUCUCCAUAACCUACAUGUACCGUGGUUUAACUAGACUAGAUGUCAUUACGUGGAUGGGUUUCCUUAAAUUUUUUCCUAAACACAUGAAAACUUGUAAGUUGUAACUCACCUUUGAAAUGUAUAGGAAGUAUACCUUUUUCUUUCCUUAACUUUAGAAUCACUUUUACAGACACCAUGUUGGUGCUUUUAUCUUUGUUACACGCAUGCUUUAGUAAUAAUAGAUGGAAAAACAAAAUGUAAAGGCUAGGAAGGUAAAGAUACUAGCUAUGUUCGGGAGAGUCUCACUUUAAUACUACAUUUCUUUUCUGUCCUUAGGCAUUA